UAACAACACCAGAGUGACAGCUAAUUGUUCAUUCCAAAACGUGUCCACCAUGGAACCCAUCAACCGAGAAAAGGUUUAUGAUGUAUUUAACGAGAAGACCGAUGACAUUUCCUCACUGGGGCCACACUUACUGCAAAGCUACAGCCUCUAUGUAAAUGGUUACACUGUGCAGCCCAUCGCCACGGUUCCAGCUCCAAUCGACUUAACAAAUGACAUUAAUUACAACGUGACGUUCACUGUUAGUCUGCCAAUUGAAGAAAUUCAAAGAAAUCCUUCAGAAACAGCAACCAUCAUUGCAGCUGAGAUCAUAGACCUGUUCGAAAACAGCAUAAUCAAUGCAACAUUCUUAACAUGUGUUGUAGAAUCAUUCAGCGAGGAAAUGGUUAACAACACCAGAGUGACAGCUAAUUGUUCAUUCCAAAACGUGCCCACCAUGGAACCCAUCAACCGAGAAAAGGUUUAUGAUGUAUUUAACGAGAAGACCGAUGACAUUUCCUCACUGGGGCCACACUUACUGCAAAGCUACAGCCUCUAUGUAAACGGUUACACAGUGCAGCCCAUCGCCACGGUUCCAGCUCCAAUCGACUUAACAAAUGACAUUAAUUACAACGUGACGUUCACUGUUAGUCUGCCAAUUGAAGAAAUUCAAAGAAACCCUUCAGAAACAGCAACCAUCAUUGCAGCUGAGAUCAUAGACCUGUUCGAAAACAGCAUAAUCAAUGCAACAUUCUUAACAUGUGUUGUAAAAUCAUUCAGCGAGGAAAUGGUUAACAACACCAGAGUGACAGCUAAUUGUUCAUUCCAAAACGUGUCCACCAUGGAAACCGUCAACCGAAAAAAGGUUUAUGAUGUAUUUAACGAGAAGACCGAUGACAUUUCCUCACUGGGGCCACACUUACUGCAAAGCUACAGCCUCUAUGUAAAUGGUUACACUGUGCAGCCCAUCGCCACGGUUCCAGCUCCAAUCGACUUAACAAAUGACAUUAAUUACAACGUGACGUUCAUUGUUAGUCUGCCAAUUGAAGAAAUUCAAAGAAACCCUUCAGAAACAGCAACCAUCAUUGCAGCUGAGAUCAUAGCCUUGUUCGAAAGCAGCAUAAUCAAUGCAACAUUCUUAACAUGUGUUGUAGAAUCAUUCAGCGAGGAAAUGGUUAACAACACCAGAGUGACAGCUAAUUGUUCAUUCCAAAACGUGUCCACCAUGGAACCCAUCAACCGAGAAAAGGUUUAUGAUGUAUUUAGCGAGAAGACCGAUGACAUUUCCUCACUGGGGCCAUACGAACUGCAAAGCUACAGCCUCUAUGUAAACGAUUUCAAUAUACAGCCCAAUGUCAAUGUCCCAGCUCCAAUCGACUUAAAUGCCAUUAAUUACAACGUGACGUUCAUUGUUAGUCUGCCAAUUGAAGAAAUUCAAAGAAACCCUUCAGAGACAGCAAUCAUUAUUGCAGCUGAGAUCAUAGACCUGUUCGAAAACAGCAUAAUCAAUGAAACGUUCUUAACAUGUGUUGUAGAAUCAUUCAGUGCGGAAAUGCUUACCAGCACCAGAGUGACAGCUAAUUGUUCAUUCCAAAACGUGUCCUCCAUGGAACCCAUCAACCGAGAAAAGGUUUAUGCUGUAUUUAGUGAGAAGACCAAAAACAUUUCCUCAAUGGGGCCAUACGUACUGCAAAGCUACAGCCUCUAUGUAAAUGAUUACAGCGAAUCACCUUCAAGGAAUGCACCAAUUGCAACUCAAACACCGGUUGAGUUUAAUGUGACUUUCAUUGUAACAAAUUUGCCAUUCCUGGGUUUAUUGCACGAGAAACAAUCCCCCUUAUAUCAAUCAGCAUCGGCAAUUAUUACAGGAGAGCUGAACACUUUGCUUAGGAACAGCGAAAUCAAGGCACAGUUUGAUAACUGUGAAACAAAGUCUCUAAGUGUUCUAGGUCAAAAUACCCAAGUGUAUGCAGUCUGUACCUUCAACAAUUCUGCCACCAGGCCAAUUGACAGAGUUACUGUGUAUCGACAAAUCAGUUACAACACAAACGUCAUAACUACAUUGGGACCUUAUCUUCUGGAGAGCAACAGUCUCCAUGUUGAUGACUACAAUGAAUUAACAUCUCCAUCUGCACCAAAUGCAAAGCAGACAUCGAAUGAGUUUAAUGUGACUUUCAUUGUAACAAAUUUGCCAUUCCUGGGAUUAUUACAUGAUAAAACAUCCCCCUUAUAUCAAUCAGCAUCGGCAAUUAUUACAGGAGAGCUGAAUACUUUGUUUAGGAACAGCGAAAUCAAGGCACAGUUUAAUAACUGUGAAACAAAGUCUCUAAGUGUUCUAGGUCAAAAUACCCAAGUGUAUGCAGUCUGUACCUUCAACAAUUCUGCCACCAGGACAAUUGAUAGAGUUACUGUGUAUCGACAAAUCAGUUACAACACAGACGUCAUAACUACAUUGGGACCUUAUCUUCUGGAGAGCAACAGUCUCUAUGUUGAUGACUACAAUGAAUCAACACCUCCAUCUGAACCAAUUGGAAAAGUAAUACCUGGGUUUAAUGUGACAUUCAUUAUAACAAGUCUGACAUACACUGCAGCUUUUAAUGACCCCUCAUCACUGUUGUACCAAUCGGCAUCGCAAUCUGUUAUUUUGAAGCUCAAAAACACUUUCGAGAACAGUGAUAUAGCGUCAGCAUUUACAGGCUGCAAAGUAAUUACUUUGAGUGCUGCAAAUAAUCAGGGGACUGGCGUGUAUGCUAUUUGUUCCUUCAACAAUACUUCUGCAGCAGAGAAUGUGGACAGAGUUAUUGUGCACCGCCAGUUCAGUUACACCACGCGGAACAUCACCAAACUUGGACAAUAUCUUCUGGAUCCAAAUAGUCUCUAUGUAAACGGUUACCACAAAUCAAAUGAGCCAAAGGAUUUUCCAAAUAGAAGUCAAUUUCCUACUCUAUUUAACGUGACCUUUACUGUAACGAAUUUGCCCUACGUUAAUGCACUUCAUACCCAGACAUCGCCUUUGUACCAAUCAGCUGUGCUAACAAUUACUCAUCAGCUCACUACCUUGUUUAAUAACAGUGAUAUAACUUCAGCAUUUAUUGCCUGCAACACGAGGUCCUUAAGCACUGCACGCAUGAUGAUGACCAAAGUGUAUGCUCUUUGCUCCUUCAAUUCCAUUUCUACAGAGAAUGAGGACAGAAUUAUCAUAUACCAUCAAUUCCGUUACAACACACGAAACAUCACUAUUUUGGGAGCAUAUUCCCUGGAUAACAACAGUCUCUAUGUAAAUGACUACCAUGAAUCAGCUUUUCCACUCACUACAUCUCAACAACCAGGUCAGAAAUCUCUGUGCUUUGAUGUGUCUGUUAUCAUCACCAACCUACCAUUCAGUUCAGUUCUACUUGACCCAACCUCGCCGUUGUAUCAGUCGGCUUCAGCCCUGGUCAUUUAUCAGCUCAAUGCCAUCUUCCGUGACAGCAAAAUAAGUGCUCAAUUUUCAGAAUGUACAAACAUCCUCUUAAGCGUGACAAACGAGGGCUUUGUGAAAGCACUUGCCGACUGCUUUUUCAAGAAUUAUUCUCAGCAGAUUGACAAUGUUAUUGUGGAGCAGGGAUUCAGAGACGGAACAAAUAAAACAUCCAGCACUGCAACUUAUGAAUUUAACACCAAUAAUGUUCAGAUAACUGGCUGCGAGGAAGCAAAAUCUACCAUCACAGCUGCUGCACCAGGACAGCCUCCAACAAUAGCUUCAGCACGCCAAAUGGACCUCGCCUUUCAAAUUAACUUCACAAUAGUAAACGUCAACUUUACAGACCAACUCCAAAUUUUAAAAUCUUCUGAAUAUAUAAACCUAACAACCAAUAUCAUAGCAAGGCUUCAAGAUCUUUUUACAAACAGUGAUCUAAGCGAAUGCUAUAAAUUUUGCAAUGUUUCGAAUUUAAGCUCAGGAUCAGUGAAAGUUUCCACUUCUUGCUAUUUUGACCCUUUUAAACAAAAUACAGUACUCACUUCAGAAUUAAUUGAAUCAAAUUUUGAUAUUGGAACAAAUGGAUCAACGCAGCUUGGUGAAUUUCAACUAAGAUCUGGCAGUGUAAUUGUGGCCAGCAAAUCACUUGGACCUUUGAAUGGAAGUGAAUUGCCAUAUUGGGCCAUCAUAGUUAUAGUAUUGGCCAUUCUGUUGGCUUUGUUUCUCCUUUUCAUUUUGGGCUCUUUGAUUGCAUUGUGCGUUAAGAAGAAGUUUAAUGGCUUCUACGACAUGUUACAAAAUCCUUUUGGAAUCUACUAUUCUCAUCUGGAUGGAAAGUAGUAGUUCUGGCACUUGAAAGUUAAUCUUUCGAAUAUGAUCAUGUUAUAUUUAAGAAUGUAUGUAAUAAACGUUUGUUGCAACAAAUAUGCAAACAGAGAUGUUUUAUAUAUUUAUGAGUAAAUCACCUUGAACAGCAACCUAUUGUAUGUCAAAGAUUGUAUUCUUCCUUGAUUGUUUCUGAGAAUCUAAUGCCUGUCUCUUGUGCAUAUACAUCCACUUCUUUCCUGAAAAAAAAAUAGAAACAAUUUUAGAACUUUUUUUUCUAAGAGUAUCAAAUAUAAAUGAUCUACUGUUGUUUAAUUUGAUUAGCCAAGGGAUGCUAUUUAUGUAUCCACUCGGUCUACUGAUUUGAUUACACAUAAGUAAGGAGAAUAUUUAAUACAUUUCUUGUAGUUAUAAAGGUAAUAAAGUUUGUAUGUUGAAAUGAACCUGUCUACAAAAGUAAUGUUUGUAAUUAGAAAAUGGUUUAAAUUUCAUCUCCUAUUUCCACUUUACACCAGCUUCACAGAAGUAUUAGUGUCACUGCUGACCCAGGUCAGUCGAUUACACUUUGUCUCUUGCUCAUUACCUUCACCUCAGGCUUGGUCUCACCACCACCAAUAACCUAGCUACCAGCCAAAGGAAUUCAUCAGGUUCCAUCUGGCUAGUGCCCCCAAUUCAUCUAUUUUAUAUCAAGGAGGCUCAAUGCUGAAUCAACCUCACCCCUCACACAGCUUAUGGACUCUUCAUCAAUUCGAUGAUCAGUUUGGGUAUUGAAUUCUGUAUCACAAUGUGCCCAUACAAAGGAGCAGGCACAUUAAACAUGUAUUUGUUGACAACAUUCUAAUGAAAAAGGCAUCCACUUUUUAAAAUCUUCAAAUAAUCUGCACUUCAUUUCCUCAUAUAUCUGCAUUUUAAUGUAAAGAUUAUGUCUGUGACUCCAUUGUUGCAAUAUAUAUUUAUAACAAAUUGGAGGGAUGAUUCUGAAGUUUACUGUUGCCCUUGGAGAAGUACUCAAAAUAAAUACACCAAAAAAAAUGGGCAUAAUGUUUUAAAUUACAGAAUCAGCCCUCAGAAAAUCAAAAGUGUGUUAGUUUGGAAAAUCUAAUAGAAGAAAUAAUUUUACAUAGCUGCUAUGUAUCAUAGUUUUAUAAUUAUUAAUUUAAUAUACCGUUUUACUUUAUAAUGUGAACAUGGUGCGAUUUCUUAACCCAA